AUGUUUUGCUGCGUGCGAACAAGAGGCCGCAAAGAAGGGAAAAAGGGUCAGCAGCCAGCGGCGGCGAACGGCAAAGGCCAGCCGCCGCCGCCGCCGCCACCAGCGGGGUACGAUGAGAAGGUGGGGAAGUCUCAAGGCAACGGGAUGAAGGAUGGAAACAUGGUAGUUCUGGCGGGGGCAGGCGCUGCUGUUGCUGCCACCGCCGCUACGGCUGUCGUGGUGGCUGGCGUCGGGGAUUCCGGUGAUGACGGUACGUCGCAGGGGUGCUGCUGUGGUGGUGGAGGCGAUGGAGGGGGUUGCGGCGGUGGCGGUUGCGGCGGCUGUGGUGGUUGUGGAGGUUGA